GUGCUGAUCAGGGAACAUCACGCCGGGAAUAAAGGAAAGGAGAGGAAAUUACGAAAAGUAUUGCAGCAGAAACAGACGCACAUGUUCUUAUAAAGGAGAAAAUCCAAGAGUAUUAUAAAUACAACUACCACCGAUCAUGACAGGGUGUCGCAGCGGCAGAGUCGGGAGCAGAGCCCCAGCUCAGGACCUAUGUUUCGUUCCGGGCAUUUAAAUAUCGUGCAGCCACUGAACUGCGGGUUAUUGUCAGACACAACGCGGUGGCGUGAACAUCACAAGAAAUACAAAUCAGUACAAUAUUAUUGAAAUAGAACACUUCAGCGUUCGUGUGCGUGCGUUUGUGUUGCCCUGUUUUGGGAUUUCCCGUGCUCGUCGUCGAAUUUGGCAAUUGGCCGAGCCAUUGAGACAGACAGUUUUUUCAUCAAAAGUGUGGCGUCUUUUAAAUGUGUGUAAUUUGCCGGUAGUGCUAAUGUGACAGCGACUCAACCUGGCACAUCUAUAUACAUUAAAAAAUCUAAAUGUCUUCCACAAUGAAGUCGCAGCAGCUUCCACUGACCAUUCCUACCCACUGCGAAGAUAUGUUCGGUAAAAACAAGGCGACGUUAAAUAAGACAUUCAAUGAAAACGGUUGCUACGAUUCCUUUAUGUCGCCACCAUUAAGUGCUAGUAUCAGAAGUGAUCACGAUGGCUUUCAGGCGACAAAAGUAACUUUCUCUGGGAGCGUAAACAAUACCAAUUUUACAUGCGCCGAAUUGCAGUUUCCGGACUUCUCACACCCCUCCUUCACCACCGACACGCCCAAUUCCGCUUUUAGUGACUACACUAACCACACAGGGCCUGAACAGGAUAGGGAUGAUAUUGUGUGUGCUUCCUCGGAUCAAAGAGGCAUGCCCUAUCAGCAGGGUCAGUACACCCAGCUAAACCGUGAAGACGUCUUUCGCUUUGAGCCGGAGGAUAUUGCUCGACUAACAAGCGACAGCGGGAGCGCAUACGCCGAACUCGAUGGAUUAAUGCAGGUGCCACAAACCCCGUAUACACCUUGCAGUGCCCAAAUCACUCAAUUAGGGGUCCUGCCAACACAGGUGGAGCCACCUGAGUCACUUAAUCAGGAUACAGAUUAUUUUAACUAUGACGAAGUUAAUUGCCAGUCAAAAAAUCAAUCACCGUGCUCUUCGCCACAUUUAGAUGCUUGGUUGAAUUUCAACCUCAGUGAAUUAUCUUCGCCAGAGGCAGCUCAAGAAUCGUCACCAAAAUUAUGCAAUAUUUACGAGCAACAGCUGUCGCAAGUGAAAGUAGAGCAAACGCAAAAGAAGUUGCCGUCAAUGAACUCAACUUUCGGUACACCAAAGUGCACACCCAUGUGCAAUAAUUAUGACGACUUCUCCAAUCUGUACAACAGUGCGGAGACGUUACAAGGUGUAAUCUAUGACUAUUCAAAUGAAUUUUCGCCCGAAAAUUUUCAACAUAAUAUUGAACACACUAUUAAGAAACCAAACCGUGAACACAAAGUUAUUUGGACAAUUGAUGAACUGGAUGAACUUAACGCCGCGCUGGUCCUUGACGAACAGCAGCCACAACAUCAGUUGAGCUCAGUGUCAGUUGACAGGUCUAAUUUUACAGGAGAACAUUUUCCAGUUUCAAGAGUUGAAACAUCAAAUGCUGAUGACCAACUGCUAGCCACUGGCGGCAGCGACGACGACGAUGACAAGGAGGAGGAUGACAUGGACGAGGUGUUUGCCCCGCCAGCCGAGAGCGAAAGGAGGCUCAACUAUUCAGACUUAGUGGACAGUGAAACUGAGCAGCCCGUUUCGCUUAUAUGCCGCUGGACUGCAUGCAAUAUGGAGUUCCGGCACCAGCAUGUUUUUGUAGAGCACAUUGAAAAGUGUCACGUCGAUGUCCGCAAGGGAGAAGACUUUUCUUGUUUCUGGCUGAACUGCCCAAGACGGUACAAGCCCUUCAAUGCGCGAUACAAGCUCCUCAUACACAUGCGAGUACAUAGCGGUGAAAAGCCCAAUAAGUGUCCGUUUCCGGGAUGCAAUAAAGCAUUUUCACGUUUGGAAAAUUUGAAAAUUCAUCAGCGUUCGCACACAGGCGAGCGGCCUUAUGGCUGUCAAUAUAAAGGUUGCCUCAAAGCGUUCAGCAAUAGCUCGGAUCGUGCGAAACAUCAAAGAACACACUACGAUACGAAGCCAUAUGCCUGUCAGCUACCGGGUUGCACCAAGCGUUACACGGACCCCUCAAGUCUUCGAAAACAUGUAAAGAAUCACGGACAAAUGCGCCGCAAGUCUGCCAGUGGAACGCUUACUCCCUCUACCAAAAAAGCGGUCAAGACACGCCGCAAUUCGGAAUCGGCUGUAUCCUUGAGGGAACCGUUAGGUUCAUGUGAGCAACGUCCGCAGCGCAGCAGUAGCUGCAGUGAGGCAGCGCAUCUGAUGCAAAAUGAUGUACACAAUAAGGACAUACUUAUGCAAAGGUUAACGGAAAUAGUAUCAACUCCGUCUACCGAAAACCGCAACCCCUGCAGUAAUGACAAUGUUCCAUCUAAUAACAAUUCAAUAAAAUUUAAUGAGUUGUCAAAUUGCAUUGUUGAACAAAGCCAAUCCGGGACGACAGCCACGAAAGUAGCUGGCCGUGAAAGCCAGGUACAUAGAUACAAUACAGUAGUUGAAACUGCAGCAACGGCAACAAAUGAUGGCUUUAGCUAUUUUGGUAGCAAAGGUGAAAGCGAGUGUGUAAACACAUAUGCUGUGAUGGAAAGGAAUACAUUGAGCACUUGCAGCAUUAACAGCAAUAAUUACAUAGCCAACAACUAUAAUUGCUGCAACAACGAAAAUAUUAAUAAAUUUAACGAUCUUGAACAAUUGCUAAAUUCUACAGCGGUACCUAGCGAACUGCAAAAUGUUGGGACUGUUUUUAAUUCAGGUGCAAAUAAAUGUCAAUUAAAUGAGUUCGUAUCGUUUGAAUAUGUGCGAAAGUAUCUAACAGAUGCAUUUGAGUCCCCCAGUGCGAAGAGGCCGAAGAGUCCUGUUACAAAUUUUCAAGAGAAUAUUCCGAUUCUAAAUGAUUUCGAAAAUUAUGAUAUUCAGUUUAUUUGAGUAUUUAAUCUUUAAAUGAGAUUGUUUGUCAAAUAUUUAUAUUUUAUCUGAAGAUCUCAACCGUAUUAAGUAAGUGGUCAAGUUUGUCGAUUGUGGAAAAAAGUGUGUAUACUCAUUUCUAUUUGUAUAUAGUCAAUUAUUUUUUAGUUUUAGGAACUGUAAGCUAACUUUUGUUUCAGUACGCUCGAUAUGUUUGUAUAUGUUUAUGUAAAGCUAGUUGAAUUGACGGACAAUAAGUUUUGGCCUAAAUUAGGCCAAGGAAAAAGGCCUAAAUUAGGCCGAAAUUUUACUUUCUUUAGUGAUUAAUAAGUCUUCCCAAUAAAAAUUAACUGUAACUAUGAAUAUA